AUGAACCCUCAGAGUGACCUCUUAGACGAUAACUUGGACAUUUGGCGGUUAUCCGGAGACGGCGGCCGUCCAUCGGUUGUCUCGUUUUUGUUCGAGGGCGAGAGUGUCGCUUCAGAGAGAGAGGGAGAGAGAGAAGGCGCUCGUUUCUCUGGGAGCCACUCUCUCUCGUCGCCACCACCACCUUUCCAUACAAACACCGUUUCCACUCAGGUCGAAGCGUCACCCAGGCCGUCGGUCGCUGCCCUUUUGUAUACUGUUUCCAUCUUGGCACUGUCAAUUGCUCAACGGAUUCGGUUCCCAGGUUUCUGAUCCCAACUGACCCGGAAAGCUCUUCUUUCCGGUGUUGAUCUUCAAAAAACUUCUUGAGACUAUUUGAUCCCUUCAAACUCUAUAUAGACCUUGUCUUUUGAUCCAUGGAUCCUAUUACCGCACCUCAGAGCUCAAAGAUUUGAUCUUUCUCACCAUUGCAACUUCUGCAAGACUCUAGGUUCUCUAAGUGUACCUUUUUACAUUGAUCCCAGUCCGGCGCCUUUAAAUAACCGGAAAUAAUUCCUGGAAUGUAAGAAAAAGUAUAUUGCGGUGUUGAUACUCCGGAUAUAUAUCUCACUCAAAGUUAGAAUUCAUUCUGAACUUUCGGAAGCUUCCAGUAUUUGAACAAAGUCAUCUACAACAUCUCGCUCAAAUUUAGAGUUAAUUUUGAACUUUCGGAACCUUCCAGUAGUUGGAAAAAAUCAACUAAAAAAAAAGAAAUUCGAUUCUGAGUCAUCCAGUACUUUUUCCUCACAUGAAAUCUUUGAAACGUUUUUAUACGAAUUUCAAAAGUUCAGAGUUCUUUGUGUACGUUUUUGCAAGACUUUUCGAUUUCACAGUAUAAUUGAAUAAGCCGUGAGAAAAAGCUCAAUGUUCUUCCUUUCGUUGUGAAAUUUACCAUCAUUCUUCUUAAAACACGGUUUUGGACCUCCUUCAACUUGUACCUUUUCACCCUUCAUCUCUUUUUUAUGCUCACUCAGGGAAAGUAGACGUCGUAAAUUAAGUUAGUAUGUAGUUUGGAAAAGUGAAAAGAACUCGAAUUUUGAAGCCAUGCUGGUUUUCUAUGUUGCAAAACAGCAGAUCAAAAAUGCUUUAUCAGAAAAAAGAGAAGAAGAACUUGUCAGGGAGUGUUGCUUGGUCUCUGAUGUAUCGUCUAUCCGUUCUCUUUUCCUCGCCUCUUUAUUCCGGACAACAGACAAAAAGUUCCUGAAAAAAAAACCUCAUUUUUUAUGACCUUUUCCUCUCAAAUUCGCCGCUAAUGCCAUGGCGUUUUCGGUGGGAGGGCGCUAAUCACACGUCUUGCUCCCCUUCACAAACGAUAGAGAUGAGGAGAGUGCGCGACGAUCGAGAGAGUGUCAGAUGGAGCACAUAAAUCAGCUGGAAGCGGAAUAUUUGAAUUGCCGCCCUCUCUCCCGUUCCUUUUCGCAUCGUUUGCAGUUUUGUUUUAUGGUAAUUUGGGUCGUCCCGCUUGUCCUGUUUCAAUUGUUCCCAUUUUUCUUCGAGAAAAGAUGGAUGAGAAGCUCAAGUUCAAGCUGUAGUUUACCUUGGGGACGUCUAAAUCUCUUGUAAUUUCUCGGAAGUUUCUUAGAUUUUAAAAUCUCAUGUCCAGUGGUUUUGCAGAAUGAAAAAAUCCCGGAUAAAAAAUAAGAUUUUGAAUCUAUAAAUUUGAAACUAUCCGUCUGUAACGAAGUCAUCUCUAGCUCGUCACCAGGUAAGCGUAGAUUACUGUAGGCUCUCUUCCUUUCACACACUAUUUCGAUCUCUUCAUGACGCUGUCCCUUUCUUGAAACUUGCUCUUUUUCUCUACCUCCAAUGUUUUUCAUAAACUGGAAGUUACUAGAAUAAAGAUAGAAGUUUUAACUUAGGAAUAAUUAAAACUUUUUAAGCUCAUUAGCUUUGAAACCGGAAAGUUUAUCAAGUCAGCUGGAGUUUUGGAAAAAAAAACAGUUGGAGUGGCGAACAUCAUUCAAGUCAACGCAAAGAACCCUUCAAAAACGCGCGUUCUCUUUCUAAAAAAAAAAUUUUUUUUGCGAAAUUUACUAUCAUCUUAUUUUUUUCUAAGACUUUUUCAUUGAGAUAAGUUGCUUUGAUAACUUUCAAUCAAACUCUCUAAAAAAUCAAAAUUUAGAAUGAUCCCUUCUCAUUGAAACAACGUUCAAACAAUAACUGUUCCCGUCCCUUGUAAACAAAAAAGUUGAAGAAUUCGUGAUGGUUAGGAAUUUCCCAAGAAUCAAUUGGUUUUGAAACGCGUUUCGAGAGUGUUGAUAAGGGUUUCCUGUCGUCCAAUCAAAAGUGGCGUCUGGUUGCACCCUACUAUCAUUCGUCGUUUUUUCUUCGUAAUGGACCCUUUGGGAAGUUCCGCAGAUGUUUUUGGAAGAUCUGGGAGAAGUGCGAAAAGUGUCACCUGCGGAACAGGAUUCGCUGAUUUCAGGUCAGAUUAAGGGUCAAGGUUUGAGAAAUUGUGUAAGUUUCAGGAGGAAUUUUCAUUAUAAUGUCAGAGAAAAAGCGACAAAUUAAUAGAUCGGCGGUCGUUUGAUCUCUCUGUCGCGUCCCGUGUUCCAUUUUCGUCUCUCUGUCGUGAUUUGUAGGGUUUCAAAAAGGCCUUUAUUCUGAAGAAAGUGAAAAAAGUUGCUGAAAAUAGUAAAACAUAUCAUUUUGGAUAUAAUUUCAACUUGCGACCAAAGCUAUAAUCAAAGUUCAACUACUGGCUUCCAAUUUUCGAAUAGAGUCUGAGAUCACCUUUGAACACAUACGAGAAAACUUUCAGAGACCACUAUAGGGAUUUAACGUUUUAGUGGCCACUAUAGUAGUGGAAUUGGGGACCAUUUAAGGGGUUAAAAAUUAGUGGCCACUAUAGAGGUCUGAGUCGUACUAAUUGCAAAUUAGCGGCUUCUAUAGAGGUGAUUUUAGUGGCCACUCUAGUGUCCUCUCCAAGUAGUCCUUUCGGAAACUCUAUAGUCGCCCCUAAAAAUUUUCCCAGUAUCCUAAAAACUUAUCGAGUAGCUCAAAAAUCAAUAAUCGAUUUUCUCAUAAACAAUUUCUUCUGUUUGCGUUUUUGAUCACGCUAGAGAACAAUAAGUUUCUCAACCAAAGAUAAAACUUUUCUGAGAAGAUUCAAGAUUAUCUUUGAUAAGACUAUGGAUAAAAGUACGUCAAGAGAAUUCUCAAUUUGAAUUUCGCGGUUUCUUGAAGGACUUGUAAAUUCCUUAAGAGUUUUGAAAGUUUUUAGUCAGCCUGACGACAUUCUCAACAGAAGACUGAUAGGCUUCUCUAACAAACUUUUCAUUUUUGAACUUUCGCUCGAGUUUCAGACUACGACGAGCCCAGUUUUGAGUCGAAAAACGCCUAAGGCAACUUGCUCUCGUUCCAAUUGGCCAUAGACGUUCUCCUCAGCCGAAGCCGGCCCUCCGAGCUAAUUAAUAAAGCGGUUUGAGAUCAAGACAGGUAUCGAUCGGUUUGAACCGGUUUCCAUCUUCCGCUUGCUGCCGUAUGGUCCUAGUGUCGUCGUCGCCGUCGUCGUCGUGUCCGCCGCCGUCCCACCAACCACGCCAAUUAGCCACGCCCCCAUUUGGAAGGAGGAGGAGGUCUCCCACCACGUUCUCGUUCCGCAGACGUGUUGUUGCGAUUCUCGCGCCUCGAUGAUUUCAAUUGUUUUUGCCGUUCCCACCCUCUUGUUUAUUCUCACUGAUGGCUUUAUUACACUUGAGCCAUGUCGAGUUAUCGUCUCACGUCAUUCUUCUAGUGAUUACUAUUGAUUAGAUAGGAGGACGUUUCGUGCUAUGCAACUUCAACUUUGUUUUUCAGACUCCUAAAGAGUUGGAGGACUUGGUUGAAAAUUGAAACUCUUUUCUUUACCUGGUCUUUCAAACUUAAUCAUAACCUUUUUCGCUGAUUACAAAGUAGAAGCAACUUCAUAAGCUUACCCUUUAACGAAAAAAAAAACUGCCAAUUCUCAAGAUGGAAAAUGGCCAAGAAAAUAACUCAAGUUCUAAGAAAGAACCAACAAAAACAUCAACUCGAAAAAAGUGCUCAGAACAAGUUCAAAAAAACACUAGGAGCAAUCUGAGAAAGUGAUUUUCGGCUUUCAUUCAGGAGGACGAUUCCGAAUACACAUUUUCGAUGAUUUAAUAAAUUCAAUUUUCCAGGGAAUCAGUUUUUGCACUGACUCUUUUUUUCAACUCCCACAAAGCCGUUUGCACCUUGCGCGCCUCUAUUCACGCAGCCGACCAGGGAUGUCGUUCCGUUUUUUUCCCAACUUCCCGCUUUCUUUGCGUCUUUCGUUCAUUUCAAAACUUUCCUGUGUAUAGCGUAUCACUUUUUCAAUUCCAUUUGCCAAUGUACAUAAACCGAAAACCAAAAUCUCGAUGAAGGGAAAUUAAGGCUUUGAGAUAAUAAAUGAAGAGCUUACUGUAGUAAUCUCUGACGUACGCACCAUGAGCAUUUUGAAUUUUUCACAUUUUUAAAUGACGGACAAAAAGUUUGUUUUUUUCAAAAAUUUUUUAUAAAAUUUAAAUUUAAAUAUUUGUUUUUAACAUAACCUCUGCAUUUAUGUGGUUUCUCUUCGUCUUUUUGCUUUUAAGUUUUGAUUUUGGAUGCGCAAUGGCGUUGAAAGGGCUCCCGCGAUUAAAUCCUAUGUUUCCCUCACUUCUCGGCCUUUUUUUAUCGUAUUACAUUUUUUCCUUAUCACAUUUUUGCGCGAGACUUUUUUUCCUCAUUCUCAUUAAUCUCUUUUUCUAGUUUGUUUCCCAUGAGAGAAAUGGAUAUGAAUUUUGGAAAAUUUGAUAGUUUGGACUAAUUUUUUUUUGAAAUUUUUUUGUGUUUCCAGUGUUUUAAACGAGGAUCAAUCCGUUCAAAAAGACUACAAGAAUUUCAUAAAAAAAUUUUCUGUCGCGUCAAUUUCACACAAAUUGGAUGAGUUCUUCACUUUUAAUUCGAUUUGUCGCCUGUUCUCGCCGCGUUCUUAUCUGGAUUAUAUCUUCAAUCAUAGUCUCUUCAAAAACUCUUAAUGCUUUUUGGAGAGGAAAAUGGCUCACAAAAGAUAUUUUUCGGAAGUUUUCAAUGUUGAAAAAUCAAAGUUCGCCGGUGUUGAAGUAAAAACAAGCCGAAAAAGGACCGCUUUUCAAGACUUUGAAUAGAGUUUAUGAACAGACUAUAGUUCCUUGAGUUCUGCGAAUUUUUCCUUUCUUUUUUUUUAACGCCACAUGAUUUUCCGAAGUUUGAUUGUUUGAUAAACGCGUAAGUGAUUUGUUAUUUUUUUUUUUUUUGCAGGGCGAGACACAGCAAAGAGUGAACGCGUUCUUUCGCACUUGUUGGCCCUCGGCUGAGAGAGUGUGUUAGAGAGGGCGAGGACGGCAGAGAGCGAUUGGGAGGCGGAGCAGAGAGAAACGAGGCGAAAUCGUCGUCGGCGACCAAGUCGGCCUGAACGAACCGAAGGACCGCGGGCUAUCCGCCGUUAUUAUUGCCGCUGACCGCCGACAGGCCGAGAGCAUGACCAAGGCUGAAGACGACGAGAGCUCGUGCAGCUCGGCGAGCACCAGCAGCCAGUCGACGGCUCCGGCUGACGCCAACACGGCCGACGUUCUUUUUCCCAACCGUCUCUACGACAUCGAGCCUUGCUAUUAUUCUUGUGGCAAACCGGAACGCGAGUGUCGAGGAUUGGUGCGUUUUAUUUUUUCUCGUUAGAAGCUUGGUUCAAAAGGUUCAAUCCUAAAAUCUUCCCUUUCUUAAUCUCAUAACCUUGUUCUAAAAAGUUGUUUUUUUAUAUUGAAUUUUUUUACCUCUCUCAGUUCGAAAAGUUUUUUUCGGGAAUCUCUCUGCUUUCAAAAUCUUUAAAUUUAGGCCCGUUUUUUUAUCUGAAAUCGAAAAAAAUAAUUUUUAAAUUCCACUCUACUUUUUAUUGGAGUGUUUUAAAAAAAUCUUUAGGUUUUUGAAUUAUGUUUUCCUCUUUGUUAUUGAUACGCCUUUUCAAGAUUUUUUUCAAUUUUGACACCUCUGAGGUGUUUUUUUACGAAAAAAAUAUUUAUUGCUCCCUGCAGUCUCCUAACUCUUCUAUUUUCCGCUUGCUAAACAAUAUUUUGUUAUUUUUUGAUAUUCUUGUUGCAAAAUCGUUAGAAAGUUAUCAAGUUUUAGAUUUUUCAUUUGUUUCUCACUUUUUUUCUUCUGCAUUCCAAUUUUUUUUUCUCAAGUUUUUCGGUCUUUUGAUUAAUCCUAAGCCGAAACGGAUGAGAUUACCCACGCGAUUCUCUCUUUAUGAAUGUUGUGGCAUUCAUUGAGUUGGUGGUUUCCAUUUCUGGGCUCUUCAUAAAAGAGGAAUUUUCCAAUCAAGCGAGAGUCGCCUCAUUUCCCAUUGUAUUUACUCACCGACAAGAAGAAGAAGAAAAAAAAAACAAUACCUAGACUUGACAACUUUUUUCCGUCUUCUUUCCGCUUGCGAUCUUUUUUUUUCUCUUGUCUGGUCACCAAACCUUGUAUGACCUCUCUGCUCUCUCUUCUCUGGCGUUUGCGCUGCUGGUGAUGGCUCUCCUGUGGCGCAUUCUUUUGGGUCCAGGGCGACAUGUAAUCCGAGAGCCGUUGCGUAAUGAGCACCGAAGGUCCUUUGGGUUGGUUGGACACCGGGUGCGGACAUCUCCUUUUUUUUGCCAAAUGAAAGUUCGCCUGCUAAGGUCAUCAAGCUGAUUCACACAUUUGAAGAGUAUGAGAAGAGUAGACAGAGAGCCUUUAAAAUCCGGAAGAGGAGACUAGUUUUUUGAAGUUUUGAGCUACUUUUUUUAAGUUUGAAAGUACAGUUCCAAAAUUUUAACUUUCCACGUCUAGUUUGAGCUUUGGAUAAGCUAGAGCUUCAAAUCUUACAUCAUAGCCGUGAUAAUCUCCAUGUUAGUAUCCCUUUGAAACGCUUCUUGAUAUUUUCGAAAUUUUUAUUUUUAGACGAAACUUUUUUCCCCUGAAGUUUGCAUUGGAAUUUCUUUUGAAUGCCAUCGGUUUCUCACAUUUCAUUCUCUCUCUCCAUUUUAGGCUGAUCUAUCGGAAGUUUCCCCCUUUCACCGCAAAAAAAUGAAACAAUGAUGAAUAGCGAAACUUUAAUGGCUCAAUUAUCGCUUGGCCCUUCCCACGAGAUUUUUCUCCUCCUUUCUUCGUGGCCAGUUGAAAUCGCAUACACACCAUCGGUCAUCCGCGGCAAAAGGCGGAUUGUCGUUGGGGUUGAAUGGCGAAGGAAGCCUCGCUGUCAUAUACGAUGGUAAUAAAAUGAGAUAGCAGGGCGUUAAUUGCUUUCGCCCAAUCUUUGUGUCCUUUUCUCCAAAUAACUGUAUGAUUUACUUGUUUUUUUUAGAUCAAACUCCAUGUAAUAAUCAAAAAAAAGCAAUAGUUUUCAACCAAAAACUUUCUAGUAAAAACUGAAGUUUUAAGAAAUUUUUUUUUGACUAAUAUUUCUCUUUUAUAUUUUUCAACUUUCGCGGCUUUUUUUCGAAACUGAAACCCCUUUCCAGUUAAACUUGAAAGUUAUAUAAGGAAAUGGAUUACUUCAAGAAUACUGUACUGCACACACAAGCAGAAAUUUUCGUGGCCUAAAUAAACACCGACAAAAAGUCCGUUGCGCCAAUGCUUGGUUCUUUGAAAUCUAAAGUACUGAAUGUCAUUAUUUCUCUUCAAAAAACAAGGAAUUUUCUUCUUUUCAGGUUUUUUUCGAAAAAAAAGAAAGAGAAAUGACCUUGAUGGUUUUCGGACAUUGUUACCUACAUACUUAUUUUUGAUUCAAUUUUGGUUCUUAACUUUAGACGGCGUCAUUCAUCGCACCUUAUUCAAUUGCAGCUGCGAAACGCCUAACACUCGCCUAAGUAGUUGGAGAAGAGAAAUAAUACGCUAGAAAAGUAUUAACGACCAACAAAACAUGCCGCCGUCGCCGUUCUUUCGUUCCAUUGCCCGCCCAUUGGUGCCUUCUUGUUCCGGGGGCACUUUUUUCUUCUUCUCGAGACUUCCUAUUUUGGAAAGGUUCGAUUUUGAGAGAGAAAGAAGGCUGAAUGACUUGACAUUCUAGAACCUUUAUUUGAUCUUUUUUAUUAGUUGGAACAUAGAUCAAAAGUAUUAUGAGAACAUCGGAUCUAGAAGACAUUAGAGCAGGAUAAUAGUGUAAACAAAUAAUUUGUUUUCUAGUCAGUUUUUUUUUUCGACUUUUUUUUGAACCACAAAAGAAAGAUCAUUUGAGCGGAACUUCCGAUUUCCCACUCUUUGAUGUAGCGGAUAAAGAUCCUGAAAGGCGCAACCUGCAAAAUUUUGAGAGAAGCGAGAGAACAGGCUUUGAAGCAAAUUGAGACAUCCAGGAUAUUCAAUUAGUGCACCGGAAUAAAUUACGUUGUCUAAAUUGCAGAAAACUGAAGUUCCGAGAAAAAAUACCUCAGUUUUUCUUAUUGUGAUUUCAUCUUCUUUUUCUCGUUUUGAAGAAUAUUCAUAACAAUAGUGUAAGUUUAGCCGCACUAUUCAUUCUGGUUCUCGUGUGGAGAACUGAUUUGAUAGGGCUCUUAAGACGCUAAUUUGUUUUCAACGAGUGGUGUUUAUUACACUUUGGGAGAACGGCGUUCAACUUCGCAGUCUCUGUACUCCAUAGCUGUCUUUCGGUCGGUCGGAGGUUGUAUAUAUUAGUAUGGCGCGUUCGAAAGUGACAUUGGUGUCGGGUUACACGCACGCGCUUUGGUUUUGAGUGCGGAAAGGAGGAAAAAAAAAAUUGAGGAUAUUUGGGAACGCUUUGAAGAUGAAGAAGAGCAAGGGAUCUUGCGAGAUGUUUGGCAACUUGAAAAAGAGGGGCAAAAACCUCCUCUUUAUGGGAUUUUUAUUGAGGAUUUCUACAUUGGUUUCGAAGCGUUCCCCUUAUCAGCUUUUAUCUCUUAAGCAGCUGUUUUUCCUCUUGGCGCCACUUUUUUUCUGGUGGAAAAAGGGUGUCGGCGACGGGAAACACGCCAAGUCUUGUGACAAAUUGGCCUCCCAACAUCAAAUUCACUUUCCUUGCUUCCCUUCACCCAUGCUUAAUCAUAUUUGGGAAGGAUUUUGGAGGCGACGAAGCAAGCUUGAAAUGGUCGUUGUGUCCAAUGAUGAUUAUUUUAUGAGAUGCAGCAGCAGUUUAAUGAACUUGGAUCCUCAUCAUCCGAAGAAAAAAAAACUUUGGGUAAUUAAAUCUGAGCAGGAAGAGAUUGUUUAAUCAAGACUAUUAAGAACUUCAGAACAGCUAAUUUUUUUUUGUAGCCCACUCUAAUUUCCCAGUCUUAAUGGGAAGCUCUCAUGAAGCUUGAAAGCUUUUAGUUCUGAAAACUUUUUAGAGUUUGUUAUCUUCGCCGAACAAUUUUUCGCAACAUUUUGGGAAAAAAGUUAUCACAUGUUUUUCAAACAUCACAUGGACCAUUCUCUUAUCAGUCGCUACUAUCAGAAAAAAAGUUGUCCAUUUUCGUACGAAAGUUUGACAGUACCACCAAUUGUAUGACACACAUACAUGGCGGCAAAAAGCAAAGCGUUUUUUUUUUUUCUCUUUUUUGGAAGUCCAGACGCAAUAAGAUGAGCGCGGGAAAAUAGUGGAACGCGGCGUUUGGAGGGAGGAGGAGCACCUCCUCCCGUCUCUUCAGUGGCAGGAAAUGCGGCCAGCCAAUAGAGGGUUAAGAACAAAAGCAACGUGAAACCGAACGCGAGGGUCCACCAUCCUUCGUUUGGUAUAAUUUAUCUCGAGAGGCCGAGAAGAUUGACGAGGGUUACGUCUCCAAGUGUUCCUCACUUCGGAACGGCACCAUUUCGAUGAAAAUAACGAGUUUCUUGUCAUACUUUAGAGUACGAGACUACACUUUCUCGGAAAUUCAUGGCUCUAGAGCCAUUCAGCAACGUUUGGAGCAUAUGAGAAUGAACUUUACGUGCAUCAGCUGCAGCCAAAAACGCAUAGGAAUUUUUUGAAUAUUGAAAUUUUUUCAGAAACUUUGAAGUCACUUGCAUUAAAUUGAGAAAAAAAGGAAAAUUGUAUAAUUAAUUAACUUCUUGAAAUUCUUCAACUUUCCAACUUCAUACGACUUAAAAUUGAAAAGAAGUUUCUUUCUGAACUUUCCAUUCAAACACUUUUCAAGGUUAUCAGGCGUUAUGGCUAAUCUAUGACAGAAAUCGCGUGAAUCCAUCAUUUCGCCCCCCUCUCGGCCGCUGCCCUGAAUCGACCUUGAAGCCGAUUUCUUGCCUUUUUUGUCUCACCUUUGUCUUAAUUAUCAUGGAAUUUUGAAGAGCAAUCACCGUUCAAUCGGCUGUUGUUUUUUUUUCGACGCUCACAAAAAGUGUUAUGUGCACAUAGAGACACACAUAUGUGUGUGUGGCUGUGUAAAUAGAAGCGACCAGCUCGGCGUGCGGUGAAGGGGUCGGCAAUGGGAGAAUGAAAUCAAGGUGGCUCAGGACUUUUUAUUGGGAGGUUCAACCAGUUUAGAAUAGGUUGAUCCUUUGAAACCUCAGGAAGAAGGGCUGAGAAGACGCUGACCAUAAUCAAACUUUGUACACCUAAAAUUUUAAACUUUCUCUUCCAAUCAAGAUGGAAUCCUGCAGUUUUUAAAAUGUUCUGUUCUACUUGAAAUGUUUGAUUUUCUUUGUACCGCCUAUUCCAUAUCUCUUUUAGUGUUCUUUUGGACUUCUAUAAAGUGUAUUGAUUUUUUUAAAAAAAUUUUUUUCUUGAAAAAUUAAAACUUGAAAUGAAUCAUAAAAAGAAAAAUUUUUCCAAGCUUCCAGGAACAUGAAGUAUCACCAUCAAAAAAAUUGAAAAAAAUAAACUCUUGGCAAAUAAAGGAAAAAAACCAAAUUUUUGAGUCAAUAUAAAGUUUUUUUAAUUUUUUUAAAGGACCGAACUUCAGCGUGGUUGAAGAAAAAACAGAACGUUUUCAUUUUUUAGUAUGAAACUUUGAUCCUAUUGAACCCAAGCUUCACUUCAAGCUCCCGAAAACGUUUGCAACUUCUCAUGAUUCAGGUGUACCGGUACCGGUCAGACAGCGAACUGAAAGGGUUUGAGUCGCACGACGGCGUGAUUUACCAGCCUGGCGACCACGUCUUCAUCGAAGUCUCACCAACUGAACCCUACGUCAUCGCCAACAUCACCUCCUUCCGAUAUGUACGCUCCGUUUUUUUUCUUCAAUUUUCAAACGUUUCCAAGCUCCUUCAUUCCUUAGUCAAAAGGGUAUUCUCCGGCUUUCGAUGAUGUGGCUUAGUGGGAGGGCGGUUGAUUGAAUUAUUCAUAACGAGUUGGCGUUUCUCCAAAACGCAUGUGAAUAUGAGACGUUGAAUAGAAAUAGCUCUAAUUUUCACAUGAAAAGUCUAAACUUGAGUCUUUGAGAGAAGAAAGAAAAAAAAUGGAGAAUUCCUGAUGGGAAUUUCCGAUGUCUGGCACUCUCCGUGCUCUCUCGCCACCCGCUGCGUUUUUUUCUCUUCUGUUUUGUUGUGUGCCGCUGCAGAGGGAAAAAAAUGGUGGUGGUCGUGGCUCGAAUUGCCGUUGAUAGAUGAAGAUGAUCUCAGACCGGGAUUUGAGAGAUUGAGAUUAUUUGGUUGGGGGACGACGAUGACGAUUGGAUUAGGUCUUCUUCUUCUUCUUCUUCUUAAAUGUGAGGAGGAGGAGGCGGCUCUCGGCUUUCAACGCAACUAG